AUGACAAAUCGUGGCUGUAGCUGCUGCCGUUCGUGGUUAGAGAAGAACGAACCUCUCCCACCUCCUUCUCCGUUUAUGUCCUGGUGCUACAUUGCUGUUGUGACUCCGACGACGGGCUUGAGGAUCGAUACCACAACUGAUGUUACCGUUCUAAAUCACCGCCAUUCCCUCCUGUUUAGUCAAGCUUUUGUUGAUUUUGGGUUAUGUUUGGCAGGGUAUAGAUUUUGGGUAGAAGUUGUUACGAUUUCAAGACCUAAACAUCAUAUUCCUAAACUACCACUUUCCAUUCAAGAUAGAUGGUGGCAACAAUGCAUACCGGUAAUUUUCUUUUUUAAUCAUUCGCCUUAUGCAGCUUUCAAAGCUAGAGAGUAUCCUGAUAAGCCUGUAACACAUAAGACAAUGAUGAAAGUAUGUGGAAACAUAAGGAUUAGUUGCAGAGGGAAAGAGAGUUGA